UCAAGUAUACGUGGAUGGUAUAGGGGUCAUUUGCUUGUUGGAUAUGAAAAAUGAGGGUUUUGGCCAAUAAAAACCUUGGGAUUUAUGUUGGAUUUAUUGGAUUAUGGAUUUGAAGAGUCUAAUGUUUGCAUGAUAUAUUUGAUGAUGGAUUUGUUAAAUAAAUAACUAACCAUCAAGGAUUUUCAAAUCCCAAAUUAAUAUGUGGGAUUUACAAGUCCGUGGGGUCCACGGAUUUGGUUCCAAAAUAAAGACCAAAUUCGUGGACCCCACGGAUUUAGCACCCUUUAACAAACAAUGGACUUAUGUUAAAUCCAUCAAGCUUGGGAUUUGGGUACCAAAUCCAUGACCCAAAUCCAACAAGCAAACGACCCCAUAGUGUUUGACAGCACUGAUCCUGCAUUGUGUGAUGAGUUCUGUUCUACUAUGAAAAGCAAAUUUGAGAUGAGUCUCAUGGGGAAUUGAACAAUUUUCUUGGCCUACAAAUACUUCAAACUGACCUUGGAAUCUUUAUUCAUCAAACAAAGUAUCUACAAUCCAUGUUGUCUAAAUUUGAGUUAACUAAAGUAAAUCCCUGCAAGACUCCACUUGCUUCUAAUGCCCAUCUAGAUUAUGACUUAGCAGGGAUUCCUGUAUGUGAGAAAAGGUAUAGAGGAAUGAUUGGAUCCCUACUUUAUUUAACAGCAAGUAGGCCUGACAUUCAGUUCAGUGUCUGUCUGUGUGCCAGAUUCCAACAUCAACCUAAAGAAAGCCACUUAACUGCUGUAAAACGAAUAUUUAGAUACUUAAAAGGAACUAGUGAUCUUGGUCUGUGGUACCCCAAGUCUGAUUCUCCUUCACUGGUUGGGUACUCAGACUCUGACUUUGCUGGAAUUAUAACUGACAGAAAAAGUACUAGUGGUACAUGUCAGUUCUUUGGGCAAUCACUUGUGUCUUGGUCCAGUAAAAAACAAGGGUCUGUUGCACUGUCUACUGCAGAAGCAGAAUAUGUGGCUGCAGGAAGCUGUUGCACCCAAAUUUUGUGGUUAAAAUCCCAACUUCUAGACUAUGGUCUCAACUUUGAACACAUUCCUAUCCUUUGUGAUAAUACCAGUGCAAUUUGCAUGUCAAAAAACCCUGUCCAUCAUAGUAGAACUAAACAUAUUGAAAUAAAACACCACUUUAUCAGAGAUGUAAUACAAGUUGGACACGUAGAACUUAAUUUCAUAUCCACUGAAUUCCAAAUUGCGGACAUCUUUACAAAACCCCUGUCUUCUGAACGAUUUAUUCGACUUUGUGGAGAACUUGGUCUGCAAGCACUUCACUCAGUUCAACCCAAUCACUAAAUCAGGUUCUGCUCUUCCUUUACUACUGCUCUUACUUCUAGUUUAUUAAUUGCUUAGAUUCUGUCUGCUGAUCUGUAGUAUUAAUUCUUAGUGCAUGCAUUUGAUGGUUGGUUUUUCCAUGCUACGUGAUUUUCAUCUUCAAUAGUUAUUACUGCAUCUCUUCCCCUUCUGUCGUGCCUUUAAAAUUCCUCCUCCCCCCUCCGUUCCUUUCACUUCAGUCAAGGCUCAUCAGUGAAUUCACUAUGACUGAACUAUUCACCUCCUCUAACAUUCCUGGUGCCAUUGUUACUUAUGUUGGGAGAACCUUCAAUGAGCCCAUUGACUUCAAUCUUCACCGUUUCAAGGAGUUCUAUGCUUCCCGCCCUCUUUCUGACCCCAUCACUCUCGAUCUGUUUGAAUUCAAAUCCCAUGGUAUUGACAUCACUCCAUUCCUCCGAAACCUGGGCUGGGAAUUCCUUCUUCACUACCCACCUCUUGCUGCUUGUCCUCUGUCUGUCCGCACCUUCUAUGCUAAUCUUGACUGCCAAGGAAUCACCACUCGGAAGCUCACCACCCUGGUCAAUGGCUACUUCAUUUCUCUCACAUCAGAAGCUCUUGGCCUUCUUCUUAAUCUCCCCACGGGAGGACCCCUUCCCUUGGCUCAUGAAGAUGAAUUCCUCUUUUAUGAUUUUGACCAUGUGAUUGAGUAUUCAAGGAUCACUCAACGCCCUGUAGGGGCACAUGAGGUAAUAACCUCAGCUGAUCUGAAUCCCACCCUUCGCACUCAUCACUACUUCAUCACCCACCUUUUUCUACCCCGAAAUCAUGGCCUCAACAUUGUCACCAAGAUCGAUCUCUGGGUUCUGUCCAAUGCACUCACUGGUAGAAAGAUUGACUACUCUCAGCUGCUGUUCGGUUCAAUUGUUCGAAGUGCUGAUGCUCACCUUGGGGGGCGCCUUCCCUAUGGAGGGUUCAUUACCCUUCUGCUUUCCAAUUUAGGAAUCUCCAUGGAUGGUUACUCCACUAUUGAAACAUCAGUCUCAGUCCCAGCCCUCACUGUUCUCCAGUUUAUCCACAUUGACCCUCAGCCUUCGAAAGGGGGAGAUAUCUCUGGACCAACAUUCAAGAAAUCAAAACCCCUGUCCAAGUAGUUCUCCAAAUCAUUGAUUCUUGGUGCCACUUCAUCAAUAUGCAAAAACCUCAUCAUCUCCUUUGAAGAAGAAGAGGCUGAGCUGGAACCUGAAACCCUAUCUGAGAAAGACAUCAAAUUGUUUGUUGAUGACCUUGAGAGAGAAUUAUUGGAAGAAGCUGUUGGCACUCAAAUAGAAAAUGAGAUGGAGGAAGAAGCUGGAACUCAGGGGGAGACUCAGGACACUCAUCCUGAGAAUGAAGAAAAUUAGGAAUCUCAUUAUCAAAAACCAUAAGGGUUUAAGUAUGGUUCCGUGACUGUGUCAUCAAGACUAAGCUAAAUAAAUUGAUGAUUCUCUU